GCGCCGGAAGCAAUUCCAGAAAACGUCAUAACCGCCGUGUUGUGGACAUCGCCUAUGCUGCGUUGGCGGCUCUCUUUGCACCUCGCCUGUGUGCAGCCAGGAUGGCGAAUCUUCCAGCAGCACAGCAAGUCAUGAACACCGCCGAAGACAUCGCGGAUCAGGUGUUGAGGCGGGGCAAACACGUGCUGCCACACCUGGGUCGGUUUUGCCUGGUGAGCACCUUCCUGGAAGAUGGCUGCCGCAUGUGGUACCAGUGGGGGGACCAGCGGGACUACAUGAACCACUCGUGGGGCUGUGGUUGGUUUCUGGCCUCCCUGUUUGUGCUGGUCAACCUGGUCGGCCAGCUGGGGGGUUCCAUUGCUGUGCUGGCGCGCUUCCACGUCGUGCCAUCCUGCGGCCUCCUCUUCUUCAUCGUCGUGCUGCAGACAUUUGCAUACAACAUACUGUGGGAUGUGGGCUUCCUGCUAAGGAGCAUGUCACUGGUUGGGGCGUUGCUCCUGCUGGUUGCCGAGAGCCGGGUGGAGGCCAAGAGCUUGUUUGCAGGCGUGCCUUCCCUGGGCGAGAACAAGCCCAAAUCCUACAUGCAGCUGACUGGCCGCAUCUUGCUCGUCUUCAUGUUCGUCACCAUGCUGCGCCUCGAGCUCUCUGUACUCCAGCGCUGGGACAGGACACCUGCACCAAUUUGGUACCAAUUCAUAUUUCCGUGCGAAAUUGUGCCAGAAGCAGAAGAAUGGCCGAAAUUGCACCACACUUCCCCAAAACAGCUGUUGCAGGCAUCUCCAAGACAUUAGCAACUCGUGGCUUCUCAUUGUUUCAAAAUCACCUGCAUGGCGCAGUGGAAGGCGUGUUGUUGAUUUCACAAGUUCUGUAAAAUUCUGAGGUUUGGUGACCCACACAGGCUGUCUGAGAUCAUUCCAGUUGUUUUUUGUUUAAAUAUUUGACACAGGCGAUAAUUAUAUAACUUUGACACUUGAAUUACUCUGUAUUUUAAAAAGAAUUCAUUGCAUGUGCUGUGACCUAAAAAGUUAUUCAAUGAUUCAAAAGAUCAUUAUUUUUGCAACAAAUGUAAUUUAUUUGUUUUCCUGUGUGGUAAUAGCCCAUAUCAGGCGCAGUAUUGUUGGUGCAAAUGAAGCAAUGUGUGGUAAGUUAGUGACUUUACAUGAUGGCAUAAAAAGUCCGAAUUGUGCCAGUUUAGUUUAGAUCCCAACUCGUAUCCUGUUUAAAUAUUACACCCUAAUGUCUGAAAUAGGAAAAAUGUCGAUCAAUUUUACUGGGGAAUAAUUAGUGAUAUUCAUUUGUUUAUUUUUAGACAUAAUAAAAUCACAACUUUUGUCUUAUUGGCAUGGAA